GGGGAUUGAUGCUGCUACCUUCAGUGCGGCGUAGGAAGACAACCAUUGUCUAAUGCGGGGAUGCAGGUGGAUCGGCUGGGCUCAUAACGGCAUGUGAGUCUGAAGUCUGUCCUCCCGGAAGACGAAGAAGUCUGCAGCAUAUCACCUCCAUGUAAAUAUUCAAAAGACCGCAGGAAUUCUGCCACGAACGUUGUCUUUCUAUCGGGUGUUGGAGCACAGAAUAAUGCCCAGAGCAAUGGGACACUGAGGAAGAUGGCGCUUGCACCUGUUUCUGCUUGGCUCUGUGCCUAGCUAACCCCUGGAGACUGGACUGGACUGGACUGCAGCUGGAAGGAGGCCAGGAUAUUUGGUUUAUGAGGGAGGGGAAGAGGAACAGAGAACCUUGAAUUAGUUUUCUAUUUUUUCUGACCCAACUACCACACUUCAACAUUCUGCAACAAUCACCACUUCACUUGGUUUUGUAAAUGUACUAGUUCCUAGACUCCUAGACGUAUGUUCUAGGUCCUAGAUUCCUAAACCUAGGCUAUAUGCUAGUUCCUAGAUUCCUAAACCUAGGCUAUAUGCUAGUUCCAAAAUUCCUAAGUGUAGGCUACAGUAUGUGCUAGUUCCUAGAUUCUUAAAUGUUUAGUGCUAGUACCUAGAUUCUUAAAUGUUUAGUGCUAGUUCCUAGAUUCUUAAAUGUUUAGUGCUAGUUCCUAGAUUCUUAAAUGUUUAGUGCUAGUUCCUAGAUUCUUAAAUGUUUAGUGCUAGUUCCUAGAUUCUUAAAUGUUUAGUGCUAGUUCCUAGAUUCUUAAAUGUUUAGUGCUAGUUCCUCGAUGUUUAGUGCUAGUUCCUCGAUUCUUAAAUGUUUAGUGCUAGUUCCUAGAUUCUUAAAUGUUUAGUGCUAGUUCCUCGAUUCUUAAAUGUUUAGUGCUAGUUCCUAGAUUCUUAAAUGUUUAGUGCUAGUUCCUAGAUUCCAAACCAUAUGGAUUCUAUGAUAUCACCAGAACGUUAUUGUAGCCGCUUCUCUGGAUAACAGGUGACACAAUUCCCAAUUUUUCCACUCAAUGGAGAGGCUAAGAAGAGAAUCAGGAUAGAGAGGCAAAGCUAAAGAGAAGAAUUUGAAUCAUAUUAUUGCUGUACCCUUUAGGGAAAACACAACAACAGUGUAGACUGGAGAUCAUUUCGGCCUCUCUCCCAGCGGUAGUGGAUUAAAAGCAACGAGACCUAGUUCGAGGGAUUAGGGUCAGAAGUGGAAGAUGAUAAGCAGACAGGGGAGGUGUGAAGUUCGGGCCGUGUGGCCCCUGCUAUUGACUGGGCUGCUGUUGACAGUCAUGGCCACGGCCUUGGAGUACGAGGGAGUCCCUGGUCAGUGGGCACGGUACGGCCACUGGGAAGCCAAGGCCACAGGCCAGCUGAGCUUCGCUCUGAAGACCAACAUCAGCAAGGCCAUGGUGCUCUACCAGGACGACGGAGGGAACUGUGACUUCCUGGAGCUUCUGAUCGCAGACGGCCGGCUGCAUCUUCGCUUCACCAUCCACUGUGCAGAGCCGGCCUCCCUGCACACGGAGACUCGUGUCAACGACCAGCGCUGGCACCGCGUGCUGCUCACCCGUAACUACCGAGAGACCAGCCUGGUGGUGGACAACGAGGACAAGGUGGCCGAGGUCAAGUCCAAGAGGAGUGAAAUGGUGGUGGCCAGCGACCUUUACGUAGGCGGCAUUUCUCCAGAUGUUCGCCUAUCUGCCCUCACGUCCAGCACCGUCAAAUACGAGCCACCCUUCCAGGGCCUGAUCACCAACCUAAAGCUGGGGGAGACCCUCCCCGUGCUCCUGGAUGGCCAGGGUGUUCAGAAUGAUUUGGAAUACCUGUGCAUUAAACAGAACCCCUGCAGCAACAGAGGCCUCUGCUCCAUCCACCAGGGAGAGGUCCUCUGUGACUGCACCGACACUGGAUACAAGGGAAAUUACUGCCAUGAAGUUAUCCAGAAAGCAGUAGAAGGUAAGACCAUUUUUCUUUUUCCGUCAUGGAGCCUGGGCUACCUGAAUGGUGGGGGGGGGGGGCAAGGUGGGGAAUGCUUUUCAGGCCAGGAGACGUGGAGUGUAGCAUCCUCUGAUGUGCUGUGA